AUGACUUCAUAUGGCCAGCCGCCACUAAGGCCCCUACCUCGAUCAACCGAUAAUGCUAGGCGCCCGUUUGAAAGCGAACAAUACGCAGGCGACUCAUACCUAAACCGAGCCGAUGGGGAGGAACAGAUAUUAGUACAUUUUCAUGAUGGAUUUGAUGGAAAUGCAACACCUGAGCAACAGACCUGGGACAUUGAAUCUAAUGCUAGAGCACAGCGGAUGAUCACAAAGCGGAGCUCACGGUCCUUUCCAGGGCGUGCUUCACGACAGAAAUCUCGACGGAGAGAUCUACUAGGUCGACCGAGCAAGCCGGGCAUCACUGUCGACACAAGUUUCACCAGGCACAGGGGCUCGGAACCGCACCAGGUGUUUCCACAAGAAUCGGAGAGAGGCAGCGGCUCUGUCCGCAAGUCACCGUGGUUUGGCCUGAGCAGGAAUUCAACCAGACACAAAGGUCUGGGAAUCACCAAGGGUACACCACAACCAGAACACAUGCAUCGGAAGAGGCAGAGCGUAGAUCGGAACGAAAUCGACACUGCUACGUCCAUGACUCCUAGCACCAAGUCCUGGCAAGAAAUUUCACCUUGGGACCGACGGAUUCCAAUAGGAAUCUCAGUUCCUACCGACAGUAUAUCCGACUUUAGCUCCCUACAAGCAAAUCGGCCGCGUGCUGGGAGUGACACUACUCUGGUAACACCAAGUAUCAUCAUUACCCCUGCGGAAGUGAAAUCGGCUUGGUCACCCGACACACCCUUCACAGAGUCGGACUAUACACCUAGUAUCUAUUCUCGCUACCAAACAGCUUUCGACAGAUCCAACGUCCCACCGGUCCCCGCUCUACCUGCUGGAAUGGCUCAACAUCCAGGAGAAGUUUCCAACAAUGACAUGCGCGGCUCGUCUGGCCACGCUCGAAAUGACACACUGGAUUCCGCUGGAACUGCGUUCGAAGAGGAUGACGAUUCCAAACGGAAAGAUCGCGUCAUGUCCACCAGCACCGUCUUUGAGGAGGAUGAAACGCCACUAAGUGCCAGGGCUGCCGAAAACUCGUUGGCCAUUGACACAUCAAUGGUACCUAUUCCUCGAGGGUCGCAAGGAUGGUGGACCGUCAUCACAACUCCAUUUGUUGCGACGCCUAAAUCGUCAACAUGGCCAGAUGCUGGACGGUAUGGGAAUAGUACGCCAGAUGUCCCAACUGUACCCAUCCAGUAUGGCAUGAGUAAAGCAGAAGCCUCCACGCCACCCCCCUCGCAAACCAAUACGUCGGCAGCUUCAGUAGCCAAUGUCCCAGUGAAGUCUGAUCCUGAAAAGGCGAUGGACCAUCAAACACCUCCAGAUUCCCACCGCACCGUCGCCUCCCCUCUAUCUGCAAUGUCUGCCUCACCAGUAGUGGGUACAGCGGCCAUUGGAACGGUCUUGAUGCCUCGUCAGGUUGAGGAGCCACGCCACAUUAAUGUCAACAUUGAGCUGCAAGAUAGGCGGCCGCUAAUGGAGAACCAGCCAGUCAGAGCAAACUAUCCGCCCGCUGUACAACAAAUGCACACGUCAGUAGCAGCACCACAAGUCAUGAUCACAACCUCUUCUACCACAAACGCCAACGGUUCCUCACAAAGCCUACCAGUGUUCGCUCCACCUCCAAAGGCGGCUCAAAAAGGCUCACAUUGGAGCUAUGACAACGGCAGUCGUUCUGGUUCCCGAGCAUCUUCUCCAGACCUUAAGGGACAGAAGAAACAUCGAAAGGUGUGUGAUAUGACAAGCAUAUGGCCGUUUGGAAAGAAGCGAAGCCAAAACCCUCAAGACGGAGGUCAAGAGAAGAAAAAGAAGAGAGGAGUAUGCUUCUGGGGAUGCUGCUGUUGUUUGAUAUUCUUCAUCCUGUUGGCAAUCGUUAUCCCAGUUGCCGUGGUAUUGACAAGGAAAGGCAAUGACAAUAAGCCCACCGCGACCGAGCCGAAGCCCGACGGCGGCAACCAAUGGCUUAAUCUACCAGACUACCCUCCUGUGCCUACGGGCCUGCUAACUAUUGCGCAACCUGAAGUGGUAGAGGAGGAGAGUGGUUGUGUCGCGCCUACCACACUGUGGAGCUGUGCGCUGCCGAAAGAACUCCAGCAAUCUGUUGCGCCGAACAAACCGGACCAGCCCAACUUCAAGAUUGAAAUCACGUUUGAGAACGGUAGUGCCGCAGAGUUGCCACAGUCUCGACGUGCCAAAAGGGCCUCAAACCCAGUGUCAGCCGGCGCUUUGGUCCGGUCAUUGCUUCGCACUCGCGCUACACCCUCGCCAUCCCCUGCACCUCCAUCAACUAACGAUAUGAACUUCUUGGGUAAGACGACAGAUGGCAACUCUGCUCCUUUUGAAGGCGAAGAGACUGGCUUGUUCAUCACCAUGAGCGACCCGUCGGCCAAUGCAUCGGAUCUGGUGAAGCGUGCCAAUGCAAACGACCCUACAAACAUCACUGCUGUGAUACCUCCGCCAAUGUUGGCUUCUGACGGGACUGCAGCGCCUGCAAACCUGCUUCCCUCGCCUUCUGCACAGCCCCUGCGACUGUACAAUCGGGGUAAAGAAGACGAGCAUUACGGAUUCUACACCUACUUUGAUCGAUCAAUCUUCCUGAAGCAGAUCAAUGGCACCAAUCGUGGUGGAAACCCUGCAGACACGGAUGGAGGGAGCUCCAAGGAUGCUGCUAAGCUGAGAUGCACAUACUCACAGACGCGGUUCCUGGUACAGAUAUGGACUCGCAGCAAAGAGAGCAAGCCAUUGUUACAAAAGUCUGCUUCUGGGAGUACAGAUGCAUUUAAGAGACCAGGCACCUUCCCGUAUCCAGUCACCGUCACCAUUGAUCGCCACGGUGGAGAUCCUGCCAAGAAAAACCUCUACUGCUAUGAAAUGGAGGAUGACGGCACGAUCAAGAACGAAGAGUCCAAAAAGACAUUCCAGUUUGAAGAUCGAGCAUUCGGAGGCACUCUGGUCAAGGGCACGCAGGGGCAAGGGACAGUCAGUGGGCCCAUUGACGGUGGCACUGGCGGUUGUCGUUGCCAAUGGCAGAACUGGCUCAACUAA